AUGACCGAAAAUCCCUUUCGAAUUAUUGAACAAGAUGAACAAAAUUUUCUUCGUGAUUGGUUAGCACUAAAAAUUUUAUAUACAAUACCGAAUCGAAAUUCUGAACGUCAUGAAUUUAUUCAAUUUUGUCAAGAAAAUGAUUUCUUACAAUCUAUAUCUGAAUUUGAAUUUCCACAUCAGGCCAUCCGAUUGUAUACUCGAUCAUUUGGUUUUUCAUCAAAAAUUAUAAAUACUACUUGUCGAACACAAGAUCCUUUAUUAAUAUCAAAAAUUCUAUAUUAUCUUAAACAUCUUCAUGAACAAUUAACACGACUUUAUAUAGACAGUCUUUUUUGGAUACCAAAAUUUAUUACUGUCUAUCGUGGUCAAAGAUUUUCAUUGGAAGAAUUUCAAAGAUUAGUACAGUAUAAAGGAAAAACUAUUUUAACUACUCAAUAUCUUUCAACAACAACUGCUUAUCAUAUAGCUGUUGCAUUUGCUGAUAAUAAUGUUCAUCCAACCGAAUCAUUACAAAAUGAAAUAGCAGUUAUUAUUAAAAUUUCAAUGCGAACUAAAAAUAGUCGUUUAAAACCAUUCGCAUAUAUUCAAGAAUAUAGUCAUAUUAAAGACGAAAAGGAAAUAUUGAUAUCGAUGGGAACAAUAUUUUCAUUUGUGGAUUUAUGUCGACGCGGAGAAAAUUUCUAUGAGAUAUCAUUGAUACAUGAUCAAGUUGAAAAAGAAAUUGAAAAUGAAAUAUUAUAUAAAGCAAUUGAAUCAUGCAAUAAUGGAAGAACAAAUACUAUAGCUGAUUUAUUAAAUUCAAUGAAUAUUCAUAUUCCGUUAGACAAAGAUUUUUAUUGUCGACCAUUGAUAUCAUUAUUAGAAGAAUAUCCACUAUUCAAAUCAGACAAGAUUAUCAAUUCGGCUUGGACAGAAUCUCCAAUAAUGUCUGCACGAAAUCGGCCUAUGGAUGUAACUGAGGAUCAUUUAAUUAUAUGGCUCGACCGGUAUAUCGGUCUAAAUAAUGCUUGUAUUGAUCUGAAAGAGACAUUAGCAAAUGCAGUUAAUCUCACCAUGGAUGAACCUCUUAUGGAACAUACAAUUGAUAGAUUAAUUUUAAAUGAAAGAACUUAUCAUUCCACAAGAGAAUUGAUUACUGUUACAACUAUUGAAGAAUGUUUAGAGUUAAUUAAUACAAAUGAUGAUAAAAAAAUAUUUUUAAUCACUUCCGGUUCAUUAGUGUUUGAUAUUGGUAUGGAUUAUAUGGAACGAGCAAUCGAUUUUUGUCAUUUAGAUGAUCAUAUAAGAUCAUUAUAUUGUCUGUAUUAUAGUAGAAAAUUAGUCAUACGAGCGAAUCGUAUGUUUCAAUCAUUUUUAUGGUUCAAUUUAAAAGCAAUCGACGAACACAUUAUGAGGGUAGAAAAUUUAUUAUCUAGACAUUUGGUGCCGGACAUACUUAAUAAUAUUUCAUAUGGUUAA